AUGUCGCUCAAAUCAGACGCCUUCCCCUCCUCCGUCGCCUUCGACCUCAUCGCCGCGUCCCUCACCGCCGAGCCCGCCAAAAAGGACGCAAUCAAAAAGGGCAACGCCAUCUUCGCCUUCACGCUGACCAACGGUGGAGCGGCCGAGUCGUGGUACAUCGACCUCAAGAAGACGGGCGCCGUCGGGAGGGGGCUGGCGCCCGAGGGGGCCAAGCCGGACGUGGUGCUGAGUCUUAGUGACGAGGACUUCCAGAAGCUCGUGGACGGGAAGGCGGCGGCGCAGAAGCUGUUUAUGGGCGGGAAGCUGAAGGUGAAGGGCGAUGUGAUGAAGGCGACGAAGGCUGAGGUGGUGUUGAAGAACGCGCAGAAGACGAAGGCGAAGUUGUAG